AUGAAGUCACUGAGGUCUAUCGUUUCCGUCACCACUGCAGCCACAUUGGGCCUUUCCACUGCUGAUACGUACUUCACGGGAGAUGGUACUGCGUACAACCUCGGAGACACGAGCUCUGGUAACUGCAACAUGAUGUCGGCCCUCGACUUUGCUACCACGGACUAUGCUGCGCUGAACAACGACCAGUGGAAUGGGCUGCAGAACUGUGGCCGCUGUGCUGAAGUGACAUGUGCCGACUCCCGUUGUGCUGACAAGCUAAAGUCUGUUGUGGUCCAGAUCCUUGAUCGGUGUCCCGAAUGCAAACACGGCGACCUCGACCUGUCCCCGUCGGUCUUCAAGACACUCACAGGAUCCCACCCCGCGCGAUAUACCCUCAAGUGGAAGUUUGUGGACUGCCCUGUAGCGGGAAACGUGAACUACUGUCUCAAGGGUGGCAGCAACAAUUUCUGGACGGCCAUCCAACCGACGAAUGUUGCCACAGGUAUCACAAGUCUCACGAUCAAUGGCAAGGCCACGAAGAUGUUGGAUGGAGCCUACUAUUACCUUCUUGAUGGGUCAGGUUCGACUGUCGCAGACCUUUCCAACGUUACCGUGUCAAUGACAGACCUGAAUGGUGUCUCCAUGGUCGAUACGGUGUCUCUGACUGCUGGUCAGUGCACGACGGGCACCAACCGGUUUCCACCGUCCGGAAGCGGGCGUCCGUCAAAGCCUCGAACCAACUUACCAUCAACUAUGUCUCCCUCGAUUCAUGUACCGACUACAGUGACUCGAAAGGCGCCGCCAUCGACGAUUCCGACAGUGAUUACACCGACUGCAAUUACCACUACCGCAGCACCGACUCAAGCUCAGCAACAGAGUGCUGUGGUCUUCAAUGCUUCAGAAGUAGUCCAUGUUCCUCCGCAUUCGGCAAGCGACAACGAUGCCACUCCGACCGCUGAGCCUGACUUGGUUAUCGAUAACAGCGGUGCAACUCACCAAGGCUCGGACACCGCUGCAGAUGGAAGUCAAUCUGUUCAACAGGACCCCAGCGUCACAACAGUGCGGCAUGGGGAGCAAGCUCCUCAGCAGAAUGAGUACUCGACGACGAUUGACGUUUCGGAUCAUAGCAUCAAGCAAAGGCCUAGCUCGGACGAGGAGUCAAAGGAGACUGAAGCAUUCCAUACUACUAGUUUACCGACGAAAGGCGGUGACGAUCAAACUCGCCUGCAACAGUCCAGAGUACCAAGCGUCGAUGGUGAGGAGUUGGCGGAAGCUCCGGAUGCUUCAGCUACACGAUCUCCUGUCGUCUCUCCAUCUGAAUGGGACCAACCGAGCUACGAAAGUAUUCAGAGCACCCGGCAGGGAUCAAGCUCAGAAGGGAAGGACAACAUGAGCGUUGACUUUGAGGAGAACCCGAAGUUGACGUCACAGCCAAGUCACGUGCAAGUUGUGAAGGAAGACGGUAUCUCUACUACUACGUCAACACUGGCGAACACAGACUCAACGUCUAGCGACGGAAAGACGAAUGGUGCGAAGCAGAGUCCUACAAUUGCCAGGGAUGAGGACGACGUGGUUCGGCAGACUGCGGAAAGCGACACUAUAGCAGUUCCCAGUAGCUCCGGACCCGUCAACUGCCCCGUGUAG